ACGGUAGACCGACUGAUCCAGCUGCAUGCAAACGUCUCGGCUCGAGACGCUAGAGGACGGACGGCGCUGCAUCUGGCUGCAGAAGCCGGCCAUACCAACACGGUGGAGUGCUUGUACAAGAAUGGUGCAAAAAUCGACUCGAGGGAUGAUUUCGGUCGUUGCCCCAUCCAUGUGGCUGCCAGCCAUGGCAAAUUCUGGGUGAUCAGGCGAUUGUUCAAACACGGCACAGAGAUCGAUUUGGUGGAUCAUGACAACAGGACAGCUCUGAUGUUUGCGGCUUGGCAGGGAUGCGAGGAAACU